AGAGUAUUGUAUAGGUUAUAUUAUGAUAGUAAUGUUUAAGAAAAAGUUAAUUAUAAAUAAAUAAUGUUUUAUAAUAUGUAAAUAUUAAUUUCAUAAAAAAAAUGGAUACUAGUAAUAAAAAUAUUGAUUGUAUCGUGAAAGAUCCUGAAAAAAAGGAUGAAAAUAUUUUAAUUUCUGCAAAACUACAAGAUACGUCUACAGAUAAUGCACUGAGUAAACGUCAAUUAAAAAAAAUAAAAAAACGCGAAAAGUGGUUGAAAUUAAAACCAGAAAAGAGGUUACGCGAGAGAGCCAAAGCGAAAGAAAAACGAGCAUUUGCUAGAGCAAAUAAUCUAGAUCUUGGCCCAUCUAGAAAAUUUUUAAAAAGUUGUACUAUGGCAGAUAGUUCAUGUAAACUUAACGUUACAAUUGAUUUGUCAUUUGAUGAAUUUAUGAUUAGUAAGGAUAUUGCAAAAUUAAUUAAGCAAAUUUUAAGAUGCUAUACUUUAAAUAGGCGAGCGAUUGCACCAUUGCAAUUUUCUUUAACUAGCUUUACAGGCAAGUCUUUGGAUGAAAUGGGUAAACAUAAUGGUUAUGAGCAUUGGGAUGUAAAGUUUUGCCCAGAAAGUUACUUAAAUAUUUUUUCAAAAGAUAAAAUUAUGUACCUGACAAGUGAGUCUGAAAAUAUUAUAGAGGAAUUAAAUAAUGAUUAUGUUUAUGUAAUUGGUGGGCUUGUUGACCAUAAUUGUCAAAAAGGUCUAUGUCAUAGAUUAGCUAUAUCAAACAAUGUUAAACAUGGAAGAUUGCCCUUAGACAAGUUCCUGCAGAUGAAAGCAAGGAAAGUUUUAACUGUCAAUCAUGUAUUUGAAAUAAUUCUCAAAGUUACUGAAGGUAAGACUUGGCAAGAAGCAUUUCUAGAAGUUUUACCCGAACGUAAAAAUGCUCAACCAGUUUCUACAAAAGUGAUGAAUAAUUUGGAUGAAUUACAAAAUCAAAGUGAGACUGAAGAAGUUAUUAAUGAUAACAGUUAAUUAUAUUAAAAUUUGUUAUUAAGGAAACAGUGAUAACUAAGGCCUUUUCAAAUCGAUGUUCUUUAUUCAAACGCAUCUUGAGCUUUCUUGUGUGUAUUUUUUGAUACACAAACGUUCUUACGGAAAUAUGUCAAACUGUUUUUCCUUAAAUUUGUACUCGGUUAGUCGAGAAAACUGUACAUAUUUCUUUUUAAAUCUUAUAAAUAUUAAAUAUGAUUCUACUACUUAUAUCACUAAAUAGGUCUGUAUAUUUAUUUAUACAUAAAUAAAUAAAUUUUAUCUAUCCGCAUCCAAUACUACAGACUUGCUGUAGAAAUAAGCAAUAUUUAUUUAUUACUCGCUAUCACACGAGUGUAUGCAAAAGAUAAAAUAUGAAGUAAAAUCAAAAAAUGGAAAUAUAAUUAAUUUGAGAUAAGUAAAAAAUAAAAUUUAAUUUUCACAUAUAAAAUGAAUUACCGAAAAAAGCCAAACAAUUGGUAAAAUAUACAUAUAAUUCAUUCAAUUAUAUAAUCAAUAAAUUUAAAGUAUAUAUUGGUGAAUUCAUUGUGGUGCUUGUUACAAAAAAAA